CGUGUAGGUGACGUAGGGGAUUCCGUGGUGCCCAGCCGUAGGCGCAAACGGGAUUCUCGAGUAUAAAAGGGACACCAGUAGCCAUCAUUCGGUACUCACUCAGUCGCUCCGACUUGGGAACCAGUCGUCCAGAGAACCAGUCAGCGAAGAUAGCAGGCAGUACUUUACCCUCUCAGGCUAACUCGCUUCAGGCUUUGGUUUGGAAUGGAAACCCCUACGAAUACUCGGAGCAGACGGUGUUCUUUCAUGCGCAAUUGCAAUGAGCCGCGGCUACCGGGCAGCUCCCGAGGUAGCUUCUCCCUCCUCAGCCCGUACUCAGACCCACUUCUCCCCGCCUCCUUCCCUCUCCCAGGCGGCCUCUCCUUGUGGCUGGCGGCGUGCCUGUUCCUCGGCGAGCCCAGUCCGGCGGCGGCGUGCCCGCACCUGUGCGUGUGCUACCCGACGCCCAUGACGGUGAGCUGCCAGGCUCAGAACUUCACCUCGGUGCCGGUGGGCGUGCCCUAUGACUCGCAGCGUGUGUUCCUGCAGAACAACCGGAUCACCGAGCUCAGGGUCGGGUCUUUUGGCUUCGGCACUCAGGUGCUGUGGCUGUUCUCUAACAACAUCACAUGGAUCGAGGCGGGGGCCUUCAGCGAGCUCAGGGACCUUGAGGAGCUGGACCUCGGAGACAACCCUGACCUGCGCAGGCUGGAGGGAGGUGCCUUCAGGGGCCUGGAGAAGCUCCAGAGUCUCCACAUGCACCGUUGCAAGCUCACCGCUCUGCCCCACGACCUGUUCCGGAAACUUUACAGCCUGCAGUUCCUCUAUCUGCAGGAGAACCAGCUCCACUUUCUCCAGGACGACCUCUUCUCCGACCUCAUCAACCUCAGCCAGCUCUUCCUCCACGGCAACCGUAUCCGCACGCUGUCCGAGAACGUGUUCCGCGGCCUGGUCAACCUGGACCGCCUGCUCCUCCACGACAACCGCGUCCGCCAGGUGAACCGCCGCGCCUUCCGCGACCUGGGUCGCCUCACCAUGCUGUUCCUGUUCAACAACUCGCUUGCCGAGCUGCCCGGCCAGGCCCUCCGGGACACCCAGGGCAUCGAGUUCCUCCGUCUGAACGGGAACCCCUGGUCCUGUGGCUGCGAGGCCCUGCCCCUGUGGGAGUGGUUCCGCGGGGCCCGCGUCUCCUCAUCCGAGCUGCUGUGCGCCUCCCCGUCUCCCCGCCGCGGGAUGGACCUCCGCUUCCUGCGCGAGAUGGACUUCGCCCUCUGCCCUAUGCCCGACCCCGGCACCCUGGCCGGUUCCACGACGAGGACCUUCAGCACCAAGACCAGGUGGUGGUUCUCCAAGCACAAGCCCCAGUCCCAGACCAAAGCCGUGUUCGAGAAGAGCUCGGAGACCGUCAAGGCCUUCCCGUUCGCCCAGGGGAAGAACAUCCCGCCCCUCGUAACCUCCACCAACGUGAAGUACGAGCUCGGGGAGGAGGAGGCGUCGCUGCCGAAACUCGACCCGGAGGAGUACUGGGCGAACUACGGAAACGAAGACGCCGGCGCCACCCUGCGAUGCUUCGAGCUCGAGUGUCCGCCCGACUUCGACGGCCUGCCUCCCAACUCCUCCUCCUCCACCUCCGCUCUCUCACUCCCCCUUGCCCUCUCGCUCCUCGCCGUGUCCCUCAAUCUACACCUUCUAUUUGGCUGAAUCUACCUCCGGCACCUGCCCCCCAAUUCCUCUGGGCCCGGGCCUUUCUGGGCCUCCAGGACCCAUGGUUUAAGACUGUAACUCCCUAGUUCCCCUUCUGAUGUCAUACUGAGGAAGCUCUGUGUUUAUCAGUAGUGCAGGACGCAGAAGGGGAAACUCACAGGGGCAGGUUAGAUUCAUUCUAACUUAAUGCAGGGCUAAACAAAAUGUCUGACAGUACCUAGUACAGAUCACUAUGUUAGUAGUCACCCAAGGCUGUUGCUACAACAGGCACUUCUGUGUCUGACCGCUGACGCUCGACAGCUGACGCCAGUGCUACUACUGAAUGCUACAACUGUGGUUAUUACAACUAAUAGUCAUACUGUAAUUACGUACACAUCAAACUAGCUGAAACUGUUAAUGCUAUUUGUGUCACGAGCGCUACGGUUCUGGCACCGACCACAACUGCAUUCCUGCCACUACUGUUCCUUUAACUGUGACAGCUACACUGUAAAUAGGUUAAUGUGACAGCGGUCUAGAAAUAGACAAUUGUUGUCAAUGUUGUCUACCACAAUGCCUGCCUUAUAAUGGAUUGUUUUCAGUUGGAGGGCUGAGGAGUCUCUAAACCUAGGGAAUAAGGGAGGAGAGAGAUUGGGUUGUCAGAUUUGGGGGAAGGGGGUAAUGAGGUGUGAUGGUAGAAAGAUGGGGAGAUGAUUAGUUAAGGAACUGACAAAGUGCUGAGAAAAAGUGGAGGGAAAGGAGAGAAGUUCAGGCCACGGAAUGAUAAGAUUGAUUAGAGAAUUAGAGAAGAAAUCCAAAGAAAGAGAUCCUGAGAGCGAGGCGAUAACAGUAAAAUGAAGGAAUGUGAAACGACAGAUAGAGAUGGAGAAAAGGACAGUAAGAGGAAGCGACAGUUCAGGCCCUUGACCAUGAGACACAGUGAAUAGGAGACAAGCAAUCACUUCAGGUAUUCAGGCUUAUUUUCUGUUUAAACAUUACCUGUAAAUAUGUCAUAAUCAACACAGAAGCCACCGGGAAAGGACACUUCCUGUUUGGCAAUGUUAAACUGUUCUGAUUGGCUAGUGCUGUUUGUUUGUAAUCUAUUUGUUGGUUUUGACUAGUGAAUGUUCAGUUUGAGAGAUAAAAAAAAAAGCAAUUGAGAUUCUGAGUGACAUUUUGUGACACUUUUUUGGGGGGGAAAUAUACAGAGCUUACAUUACAAAAUGAAUACAUUUGAAUCAAUACUUGCCCUAUGCAAGUUAUUGGUUUACUCUCACUGGGAUUGAGAUCUCAGUAGUAACACUCAUUGGACAGGGAAUUCAUGGAGAACAUGGUGCCAUUUCAGACACAGUGAUUCUUUCCUGCUCUCAGACACUUUAGGUUGAUGGAUGACAAAUCACCCCAAUACCCACCCCAAAAAUACCCACAUACCAAUACCUCACAGCAAUACCCCCACACCCCCUCAGAAUCAGAAGAAGAUUCAACCAAUUUUCAAUCAGCAUAGAACCCAUGGAGAGUACUAGAAAGGGAACUGAAGGAAAAGAGCACCAUUUGAUGACUAAAAUGUGACAGAAAUGGACGCCAAACCAAUGAGACGGGCUGGUGACUAACCAGCCCUUCUGUUGCACUAUAAUCAUUCUGGACUACUGGACCUGAAGACCCUGGGAAUGAAUGGACCUAAAGAGUACAAUGAUCAAAGUGAUUAUUGAAUGGAGAUUGUAUGGAGAUUAUUGAAUCGACAGGCCGACAGACGGACAGACGGACUGAGAUUAUUGGACUGACAGGCUGACAGACUGACAGACGGACUGAGAUUAUUAGACUGACAGGUCGACAGACUGACAGACAGACUGAGAUUAUUAGACUGACAGGUCGACAGACUGACAGACGGACUGAGAUUAUUAGACUGACAGGCUGACAGAAUGACAGACGGACGGAAUUGAAUGACAAACAGAUUGAGCAACAGAAAGACUGACAGAUUGUUUGUCUCUGGAAUGGAAUCUGAUUGGCGGAGGUCUAAAGCAGUUUUACAAAAUAGAGGCGGUGCUCUGAGGAGUUGAUUAAAACCAGACUUCUCCUCAUUCUCCUCAGUCCAUCAGCAGCUCCCGGACCUUCCUAUUCUGUCUCUUCCUACACGUUUUAUCCGAGUUUCUUUUUAGGAAGCUGGGUAGGCGUGCUGACGUGUCAUCCCUGUCUCCAUGUCUUUCUCUCUCUAUUAUUUCUUUCGGUCUUUUUGUGCCUGUUUCUUGAUCGCCUUCAACCAUCCACCUGAAUAAAAGAGUUAAAACAGAGAGAACAGGAGGAGGAAAGAGAGAGUUCCGUUUUGCAGAGAUGGUUUCUGUAGAGGUGAAGAGGGCAAGGACAGAGAGUAGGAGGCAAGAAAGCGAGGCACUCAUAUGCUCACACACACACACACACGUGCGCACACACACAUGUUCACAUACACACAGAUAUAUACACACACACGUGUUUCAAGCUGAGGUUCUAGAAAAAGUGAUGACAGAAAAACAGGCCUAGAAGCUGUGAGUGAGAGUCUCACAGUUCCUGUAAUGUCCUGUUCCCCUAUUUGAACGGAUUGUAUCUACAAAAUCACCUCAGUGCAGGCCCUCUAUGUUAUUCUAAUGGAGCUUUUGGCUACAUGCAAAAGAGCAUCUGCACGGGGUUUGUUCCAUACAAAAAGAAGUGGGAACAGAUUGCUCUUUGGGAUCAAUACAGAUUGUGUGGACUCAAGAUCCCAUUGGAGUCCAUUGAUUGAUUGUUCUGUUAUGUAUGCUGUCUAACUGUGCCUGUGUCAGCCGUUCAGGGGUGAGGUCAAACUGGGCCUCGGUGCUCUUCUGUGACCAUGAGAGUGAGGUCACUUUCAGACGACCAAAGCUCCAGAUAUACCGUUAAUCCCUGACUGUGCUGUCUAUAUGGAACGUGUCCACUGGACUGAGUGAGUGCCUGAACAAGAGCGUAUGUGGGAGAAAAUCACAUUUUGUUAUCUGCUUGUCUGUGUGAGAAGAUUGAGUUGUCUUUUGCUGUCAUCUUUAAUUGUGGAUAAAAAAGAUGUGCAGUAGAUGCAACUAAAUGUGAGGAA